UUUUGAACAUGUGUUCCGCUUUCCCGCGCAUUGUGGACCGCGUGCCAUUUUACAACUGUGACAAAUACAUUUUCAAGAUAACUCCGUGAGGUUUCCACUAUGUAUAUAAACAAACCGCGAUAACCAGAACAACGAUAACCCCAACAUCGAUUUGACGCCAUGUUGAAAAUUUAUUUUUUUAUCUAUGCUUUAUCGAUGAUUGUAAAUCAAAUUGAAUCAUUGGAUUCAGAGCUAUGCAAGUUACUUGUGAAGGAACGACACUGCAUCAUAGAAUACGCUGCAAGAAACAGAUGGUCUCACACUGAACGUUAUUCUUACGAUUGGGAUCAGAAGAAGUGUAUUUUAAUAAGAUGGGCAGACCACUGCGGCGCCGUGCCCGCUCAGACUAACAACUUUGCCAGCGACAGCGAGUGCCGGAACGAAUGUGGAGGCUGGGCCUGACAUAUAAUAGUUAUUUUCUUUCUAUGUUAAUCAUUUCUGAAUUAAAACGGAUUUAUAAAAAGUUGGGUUUUAUAAUGACGUAUUUAUAGAAAUAAUCUUUUAUAAGAUCUUUCUUUUUUAAUAACAUAAAUUGUUUAACUCCAAUUACUUGUGAACGUACGUAGAACAACUUGUGAUUUUAACAGCUUCAUUA